AUGAUAUUAGUAUCAUUAAGAUAUUACGCCACAGGAAGUGUUAAGAACCUUGGGGGUGAUGUAAUGGAUAUUUGUCAACAAUCUGCAUCCAGGAUAGUCACCAGGAUUUCAUUUCUUUUAGCAAAGAAAAUGAAAGAUUUUGUUCACUUUCCCUCUACAUCUGAAGGCAUUACAUUGAUUAAACAAAAAUUCCAUGAAAUUGCAGAGUUUCCUGAUGUUGUGGGAUGUUUAGACUGCACCCACAUUAAAAUUAAGAGCCCUGGUAGAAAUUAUGCAGAAGCGUAUAAAAACAGAAAAGGAAGUACCCAAGAUAACUUUAUCUUUAAUAGUAGCUCACUUAAAAAAUCCCUUUACUGUGGUGAAAUGGAAGGAAUAUUAUUGGGUGAUAGUGAUUAUGCAGUAAGUCCAAUAUUAAUGACACCAAUUCUGUCACCAAUAAAUGCUGCUCAAGUUAGGUACAAUAGAAGCCAUGCAAAAACAAGAAGUGUAGUAAACAAAGCCUUUGGCAUAUGGAAGAAGAGAUUUAAGUGUCUGCAGAUUGGUAUGGGAAUAAAGCUAGAAACUGCUGUUGCAGUGAUAUGUGCGUGUGCCACAUUGCACAAUCUAGCUAUAAUUUCCAAGGACACCAUGGAGCCAUUCUUGCACUAUGAAGAAGAGGAACAAGAGACAGUCCAAGUGGAAUCUGAAAAUAUUCACAGUAGUGGCUUUGCAGCUCGAGAUGCAUUAGUGCAUAAAUUUUUUCAA